AUUCCAGAAAUAAACCCACACAUCUCUGGUUAACUGAUUUUUGACAAGGGUGCUAAGUCCAUUCAAUGGGAAAGAAACAUGACACUUACCCUUUGCAUUUAGAGGUUGGCUCUGGAGAGUGUUGAGUCAGGAGACCUCAGGCAGCGGCGGUUUGUGCCAUGGCCUCUGACCUGGACUUCUCACCUCCCGAGGUGCCUGAGCCCACGUUCCUGGAGAACCUGCUGCGGUACGGACUCUUCCUGGGGGCCAUCUUCCAGCUCAUCUGCGUGUUGGCCAUCAUUGUACCUGUUCCCAAGUCCUACGAGGCGGAGGCAGAGCCAUCUGAGCCCAGAAGUGCUGAGGGGACGAGGAAGUCCAAGGCUACUGCUCCUUCUGCAAGCAAGAGGCCCAAGAAGGAGACCAAGAAGAAGCGGUAG